CUCCCGGGGGAGGGCUCAGCCCGGGGGCCGGAGCAUCCCACCCCGCCUGCGGGGGCUGGGGGCGCAUCCCGGCGGUCUGCCCCCGCCCCGCCAGCCCUGCCAGCCCUCCCAGCAGCCGGGCCGGCAGCCGCCGCCGGAGCGUUGCCCUUUUAAGCCGUGGCCCCCACUUGCCUCCUGCGCCGCUCCCGGAGGGGCUCCGGCAGCCGCCGCCGCCCCAGCUCCCUGCCGGCCGCCGCGCUGCGGGCCGGGCGCCGAGAGCCCCGGGGCGGCGGGGCUGCCCCGGCCGCGGCCGCUCGGGGACCAUGGGAUGCUGCACCGGGCGCUGCACCCUCAUCUUCCUCUGCACUUUGCAGCUGCUUGCUGCAUUAGAGAGGCAAGUGUUCGAUUUCCUGGGAUACCAGUGGGCCCCCAUCCUAGCCAACUUCCUCCACAUCAUCAUCGUUAUCCUUGGCCUGUUUGGCACUAUUCAAUAUCGACCUCGCUACAUAGUGGUGUAUGCCAUCUGGACUGCAGUUUGGGUCACCUGGAACAUCUUCAUCAUCUGCUUUUACUUAGAAGUGGGAGGGCUCUCAAAGGACAGUGAACUCUUGACGUUCAACAUCUCCCGGCACCAAUCGUGGUGGAGUGAAAAUGGUCCUGGCUGUGUAAGGAAGGAGGCUUCGAUGUCUGGCAUCAAGGGGCUGGACAGCCAUUCCUACAUCUCUGUGAUAGGCUGUGCUCUGGAGUAUCGGUACAUCGAGGUCAUGCACAGCUCCUUCCAGAUCCUGAUCGCACUGGUGGGCUUUGUCUACGCCUGUUACGUUGUUAGUGUUUUUACAGAAGAAGAAGACAGCUUUGAUUUCAUUGGUGGAUUUGAUCCAUUUCCUCUCUACCAUGUCAAUGAAAAACCCACCAACCUUUUGUUCAAGCAGACAUACCUGCCUGCGUAAGUAAAGAAGAAGCAGAGGAUGGAUAAGCCUUGCACUCCACCAUCAAAGGUGCUGCAGGAAACAAUCUCCUGUGGCCUGGAUCUCUGGCAGAUGAAACGCAGGAUGGUGAACUCCAUUCCAUUUUUUGUUCCUUGUCUUGUUUUCAAAUGCAAUGAAUGUACAUUGAAGAAUGGC